AUGGAUAUCACCAUCAUGAACGAGCUUCACAGAGAGAAAGAAGCUUCAGAGACUUCCACUACAGCUCAAUCAAGUGACCGUUCAAUGGUUUGGACUAUAUGUCCUUUCUGUAGCGUCAGGUACAAAUCCUACAUAAGCCUUCUCAACAAACCCACACGAUGUCAAUCUUGCUACUUGAAGUUCCUUGCUAGCGAGUCUCUUGUCAAAGGCACUACGACAAUGGAUAAAGCAACUCAGACAAGCUUGUCUACCAUAGAGAAAAGUAUGUGCAGUCAAAACCAUAUUACUAGGAGCAAUGUGGUUGCACCGACACCGAAGAGCCAGGUUCAGCCUCAGACUGCAACAUCUAGUCUCAGUCCAAGACUUUGUGCUAUGUGUCCAUUUUGUAAGCUCAAGUAUCGUUUCCCGAUCAAAUGGACCAACAAAUGGUUCGUUUGUAAGUGCAAGAAGAAGUUCAAAACGGUUGAAGUGAGUUCCUCCUCGCCCCAACAGAAGGCAGCCACGAGUAAGAUUCAAGCCACACAUUUCUCUGGGAAGGCAAGCUCUCCUGGUUUGAGCUGUGCUGUGAAGGUUGGUGAGAAGAGACAGAUGAACGAGUGCGGGGAAAGUUACAAUGCUGGAAACUGCAGUGCUCUACACAAGAACAAAAGGGUUACCAGUGAUAGUGGAGAUGCAAGAGAAGAUUCUGAAAGCGUAAAGCAAGUCCAUGUGGUUGAUCUUUCUACUACUGAAGACCCAAUUUCAAAUGCCAUAAACCUGAAUCAGAAGAUGGAUAGGAAUCAAGAUACUCAAGUGGGAACAGUAGUGGAGAACUCUGAAGAUGCAAGAAGGCAAGAAGAGUCAGGAUGGGGGAAGCAACUCCAUCAAGUUAAUUGUUCUGAAGUAGCAUUGCCAAAUAUCAUAGGGAACUCAGCGAAUCUUGAGGUGAAUAAACACUCUGAAGAUGUUCUUGACAAGCCUGUAGAUAAUAACAGAAGAGGAUUCAAUGAUGAUGGAGAUGCAGCAGGAAGGCUAGAAGCGUCAGAAUGGGGGAAGCAACUAUGUGAGGCUGAUCGUCCUGAAGUAACAUUGCCUAAUGUCAUCAGCAACAAUCAAAAGUUGAAUGAAAAGAACAAAACCCCUGGUUUAUGUGAUUCAGGUUCAGGAGAUGAUGUACCAGUACAACCAAAGAUGUCUGAGUGUGCUGGUCUGAAGUUCAACGACUUUAAUAAACGGAGGGAAGAUGCAAAAUUUUCAGAAUGCCAGGCGUGGGCUCUCUAUGACAAAGCAGAUGGGAUGCCUAGACAGUACGCUCUAAUCAGAAAAGUUUCAUCUCCUUCCUUUGGCCUUAGGAUCACAUACUUAGAACCAGAUCCAGUUGACGAGAAAGAGAUCCAGUGGUUUGAAGAAGACCUGCCUGUUUCCGUUGGUAACUUCAGGUUUGGGAAAAACCAGAACACGAAAGACCUGUCCAUAUUCUCACAUGCCAUUCGUUGCCAAGGAAGCAUCAUGACCGGUAACUUCACAGUCUCCCCAAGAAAAGGCGAGACUUGGGCGUUAUUCAAGAACUGGGAUAUUAUCAACUGGUCUUCAGAGCCAGACUUUCACCGCAGUUACGAGUAUGACAUCGUUGAGAUCUUGUCUAACACCACUGAUGAAGGAGUAUCUGUUGCAUUCUUGCACAAAGCAAAAGGCUUUGCAAGUGUCUUCUUCCGGAUGGGAGCUAGUGAAGCAGAAGUUAUUCAGAUUCCAUCUCACAGCUUAUACCGUUUCUCUCAUAUGAUCUCUUCCUUCAAAAUGAAAAGAGUUGACGUGAAAGGUGUGCCAAAAGAUGCUUACGAGCUGGACCAAGCUGCGUUACCUAAAGCAAUCGAAGAGAGAGUCGUCCCUUUACAUCUAUACGCAGAGACUAAACCGGAAGCUCUUUGCUUUCCCAAUAAGGGGAAGGUCUUUCAAACCGGCCAGAUCUGGUCGUUCUACAGUGGUUGUAAUGAUAGCUUGCCUCUCCACUACUGUAGGAUUCAGAAGAUCACUCUUGUACAAGCGUUUGAGGAAGAACCAGUGUUUAAACUACAUGUGGGCCGGUUAAAGGCUAAGCCUUUCGAUGAGGAGGUGAUCCAGUGGGAGGACAAGAGAAUGCCUGUUGGUUGUGGGACUUUCUUGGUGAGGAGAAUCAACGAUGUGAUCACUGCAGAUGAUGGAAGUGAGUACACCGUUCUCCCCAAGAUUGGGGAAGUUUGGGCUGUGUACAGAUUCUGGACUUGCAAGAAAGAGUUCAAGGACGUGGGGUGCUGUGAGUAUGACAUUGUCCAAGUUCUUGAUGAUAACUUGGGGUACAAGGUUUUAGCGUUGGAGCAUGUGUUGUCUUCCAGUGAAGGUGGAGAGAAAAGGAUACUCUUUAGAGCAGCUGAGAGUAGGCAUCGUGAUUGUGACGAUGAGGAUGGGAGAGAAGUGAUAUUCACAAUCCCGAAGUCGAAAAUUCUGAGAUUCUCGCAUCAGGUUCCUGCUUCUCGAGUAACGGAGGAGAUGCAAGGAGAAUUGAGAGAGGUUUUUGAAGUUGAUUAUAGAGCAUUACCUGCAAACGUGAGGAGGGCUCAAGAUCAUUGAGCAAAGGUAGUCGUGAAGGAAGGGUAUAAGGGAUGGUUGGACUCCUUUUUGUAAGCUUUUGGUGCAUUCUGUCAAAAGACCCCUCAGACUUACUUGAUGACUUUCUCUGUGGUUUAUUUAUGUUUUUCUUUUCUUUUGAUUGGUUCAAAUCCAUGACAAAUCAAUGUACUUUGAGAAGGUAGUAGUAAAAGACAUCUCUGUCUAAUGGCUACUAAUUCCUUUGAUCCAUUGUUUGUCAUCCAUUUAUGAAGUAGCAUUAUUUGAAGGUUUUAAACUCACUAGCAUAUAUAUCAUAUGUGAUUUUGAGCAUUUGUCGUUAAAAUUAUCUCUGCUGAUCACAGAUUUAGUCUCUUCACGGUAGUGCUAGCCAUUCAGGUUAACGGUUUGUGUCGGGUUAAGAUGUUUAGGACCCGUUUAAAAACUAUACAUUUUCCGGAUGGGUUAAAUAUUGUCGGAUUUGGGUCUGUUUUCUAUUUUUGUAAAACCGAAACAAAAUCGAAUUAGAAAUA